AUGGCGUCCAUCUCGCACCGCUAUUCAAUCCGCUGGUUGCCCGACGAAGCGUCGGAGCCGACAAGCACGCUCGUUUUGACAUCAGGGACGGGAUACUAUACCGAUAUUCGCAUCAGGCACGGGACGGGUGGUGCUCCACCAUCAUGUCUUCCCGCGUCUGAAGAUCGGAUGCUGCGCCCGCGGCGUGGCGAAAUCCACCAACUCACAAGCUACGAGCUCGUUUCAGAUGCGGCGCUGGAUUGGGCCUUCGCGGGACGCAGCUCAUCGACGGCCGGUUCACCGAGAAAGUGCACAUGGGAUCACUGGGUGGACUCGAGGACUAGUCUUCUCGAUGAAACGCCAGUUGCCGAUUCUGGAUGGAUGCAUCCGCAGGAGGACGGCAAAAGCCUUGAAAAAGGUUCGAUGGUGAAUCCCGAGACCGGAAGGGAGACCGACUACGAAGAAGUCUGGGAAGACGUUGCUCUCGCGUACCCUGCGAAUUUGGAGUACGACCGCUACGUGCUCACGCUUGAUAGCGGUGAAGAUGGUGUUGAAAGAUCUCGCGAGCGAGGUGUGGCCGUGCAGCUAGGAGCCUGGUUUCAAACCAUCCAACGGAGAGACUGGUUCGACGAGGACGGCAUGGCCCGAACCGACUUAGCAGUUUCGCGAUGGAAGUGGGACGAAGAGUGCGGGAGGUGGAACAUCGUUGUAGGAGCUGGUAACAAGACGUCGAUUCCGCCUUACGUGAUCGAGAAGGCGAUGAGGGAGGCUAAGGUACGAGAUAGCGGGGAUAUCGUUGACAUCAACAGUCAAACCUGGCUCUGCAGGGAACUGAGCCGUAAAAACGCCGACUAGCGUUGCCGACGCUGGUAAAACACGAGAUCUAUGAGACGAUUAUGUGAGAGACGGGAUUGCUGUGCGUGCAUGGACGUGUGGGAGCAUGCACAAGAAAAAUUAAGUCAGAAACAUAACACAACAAUGCGAGGGAAGAUGUGUUAAGGAGUUGUGAUGUCUUGUUAUGAUAAUGACUCGUGGCUCUUGCGCAGGGAAUCAAAGCGAUCGAUGUACUAUCAGAGCCCGCUUAGUUUAAGCCUUCCUAUAGGAGACUGUCCUCAAGGUUAUUCGAGAAGUGAGGCAUGCCUGUUGGCGUUUUGUUUGAGUGCGCGUGCGUGUGUGUUGAGUAAUACAGGCAAGAGCACCGACGCAUUAUCAGUCCGUAGUGA